AUGCUUUCAAGCCCAAAUUCAUUAAAAAACAAUGGGCAGUCAGUUAUCAAAAAGACUCUCACGUGGCUGGUGAUUCUGGGUAUCUGCUUUAUUUGGCAUAUGAAGGACUCCCAGUUGGUAUACAAAUUGAAUAAGAUCGAGUGCCUACCAAAUCCGUCGGGGGUGACAAAUGUAUCCUGCAAAGUUAAGGCGAUUAGUUGGAACAUGGCGUUGGUGAACAUGGACUGCUACCUAAUUUUUCCUAUCAAUAACCCAACAAUUCGAGUGCCAGUGUUUAUAAAGGACUACAGCAACCAGUUUAAGUCUUUCUUAAUUGACGCGACUUUCAAAUUAUGCGAGGUGGUCGAAAGGAAGAAUUUUUUGCCCUAUGGCGUCAUGAUUUGGGAACAUUUUAAGCGUUUCACGAAUGCCAAAAGCUGCCAUUUUUCGCCGGGUCAGGUUAGCGCAAGGAACGGGUAUCUGAACACCAGUUACGUUCCGCCGUUUCCCCAUGGACAGUACCAAAUCACCGUGAUGUUCAGUGAUUCCAAUUCUACGAAUACUGAAUCUGUGGGCAUCGUAAAGUUCUUCCUUCAAGCGAUGGACCAAAUAAAAAGUAAAAAGGUACCUACGCUUUCAGUCUUAUUAAACAUAAUAAAUAUUGCAUUUCUGCAAAGUGCUAAUUUUAUCAGGAAUUAUUGCGAAUUGAGCACACAUCUUCACUUCUGCACGGGGAUUUAA